UCUCAUUAUUCAUUUAUUAAAUUUUAUAAAAUAAAUCAAAACAACCCACAACCUAGAAACCUUUCCUUUCCCGUGUGUAAACAAGAAAGAACCUUUCCGUUCCAUUUCAUCAUCGCCGUUCGCCGUUGGUAACCUGCGUUUCCUUUCGUCUCAAGAGCGCCGCCGUUACCGGUGGCAGUAAGCGACCAUCAACCCAGACCAGGAUCAAAGGCUUGUGUGAGUUGAAAGAAGAAGAAGAAGAAGAAAAAAAAAAAAGGAAACGCAGAAGCAGAGAAAAAUGGAAACACAGAAGAAAAAAAGCCUCCUGUAAGCCACCAUCAACCCACACCUCUCUACCUCUCUGAUUGAGAUAAUUAAAGAUAAUAUCACUGUUCAAAGCUUAAGCAGUGAACAACAGUGAAGGAAACGCAGAAGCAGGGGAAGUAAAAAAAGAAAUCAGCUUCAACAUUGCGGAGAUCGGUACGCCAGAGUGACUUUCAUCAAAAGGUUAACAUGACAUCUGAAGAAAAUAAUGAUGCUAGUGAUUGGCACUUGGAAGCUCUUAAAGAUUAUACUUCUAUAUAUGCAGAUGAACAUGUAAGUUCUUUACCAUUUCAUGAACCACAAUAUGAACUCUUUCCACAAGUCCAUAACAUUGAUGAGUUGGUUCCUUUUGAAGGACAAAUAUUUAACAGUGAUGAUGAUGCUUAUGAUUUUUAUUCUUUAUUUGCACGAAAAAAUGGAUUUUCGAUUAGACGUGAUCAUGUUUAUCGAUCUUGUAUACACGAGUCUGAGCAUAAUCCAAUGGGUGUUUAUAAAAGGGAAUUUGUUUGUCAUCGUGGUGGUAUUGUUAAACAACGCAAAAUUAAUGAAGUGGAAAGUAAAAGGAAACGAAAAUCAUCAAAAUGUAAUUGUAUGGCAAAAAUGUUGGUUGCUAAGAGAACAAUUGAUUUAGAGGAAAAAUGGGUGAUUACAUAUUUCAACAAUUAUCACAAUCAUGAUUUAUUGGAUGACAAAGAGGUUCAAUUUCUUCCUGCUUAUCGUAAUAUCCCAAUUGCUGAUCAAAGUCGUAUUCUGUUGUUGUCGAAAGCUGGUUGCGCUAUAAGUCUUAUAACGAGAGUGCUUGAGUUAGAGAAAGGAAUAGAUACAGGUAGCCUACCAUUUUUAGAUAAAGAUAUUCGAAAUUUUAUUCAAUCCCAAAGUAGUAUUGGUAAAGAAAAUGAUGCUUCUGAUGUUCUCAAAUUAUGCAAAAGUUUGAAAGAUAUUGAUGAUGACUUCAAAUAUGAGUUCACUAUUGAUGAAAAUAACAAAUUGGAGCAUAUUAUUUGGGCAUUUGGUGAUUCAAUUAGAGCAUAUGAAACUUUUGGAGAUGUUGUAGUUUUUGAUACCACAUAUAGAAUAAACCGUUAUGAUAUGCCGCUUGGACUAUGGGUUGGUGUUGAUAAUCAUGGAAAUUCCAUUUUCUUUGGUUGUGUUCUAUUGCGAGAUGAGAAGAUUCCAUCUUUCACAUGGGCUUUAAAGAAUUUCCUUGCUUUUGUCCAAGGAAAAUAUCCAAAAACAAUUCUUACAGACCAAGAUCUCGCACUUAAGGAAGCCAUUGCAAUGGAAUUGCCAAACACAAAACAUGCAUUUUGUAUAUGGCAUAUUGUUUCAAAGUUGUCAAGUUGGUUUUCUUUUGCGUUGGGUUCAAGAUAUAAUGACUUUAAACAAGAGUUUCAUAGGGUGUAUCAUUUAGGAUGCGGAGAAGAUUUUGAACGAGAGUGGCAAGUAAUGGUUGCAGAGUUUGGUUUGUUAUUGGAUAGGCAUAUUGAGUUGCUCUUUUCCCAUCGUAAAUUUUGGGCCCUAGCUUAUUUGAAGGACUUUUUUUUUGCUGGGAUGACUACAACGGGACGCUCAGAAUCGAUAAAUGCAUAUAUCAAAAGAUUCUUAGAUGCCAAGACAAGUUUGACAGAUUUCGUAAAUCAAGUUGGGGUUGCUGUCAAAAUUAGAAAUCAAGCUGGAGAAGAGGCAAGAAUGCGUCAAAAGUAUCAUAAUCCUCAUAUUAGAACAUGUUUUCCGAUUGAGGAACAUGCUGCAUCUGUACUUACUCCAUAUGCCUUUGAUUUGCUCCAACACGAGAUCGAGUUAUCAACAAAAUAUGCAGCAACUGAAAUUGAUAACAGUUCUUAUAUUGUGAAACAUCAUACUAAAGAUGAUGGUGGUCGUCUAGUAAGUUGGAUAGUAGAAAAAGAGUCAAUUCAUUGUUCUUGUAAAGAAUUUCAAUUUUCUGGAAUAUUAUGCAGACAUGCUAUUCGAGUUCUAACUCUUAAAAAUUAUUUUAGCCUCCCAUCAAAAUAUCUUCCAUUCCGAUGGAGACGAGAAAGUUCAUUGAUCCCAAAAUCUAGCCAUGUAGUAAAUUGCAAUGGUGGUUCCUCUGCUGAGUUUCAGUCUCUAAUUCGAUGUUUGGAAGUUGAAUCAUCAAAGACAAAAGAACGAGAACAAAUUGCUAUUAGAGAAUUAGAAAAAGUUGUCAAAGAGAUAAAAAAUAUGCCAGAAAGUGAAGAACAUGUAAUUGAUUUGCAACCCGAUGAUGCAAACAAUGAUGGUUGUGAUGUUGAAAAUCCCGUUGUUACAAAAAGCAAAGGUCGACCAAAAGGAUCAAGAUCAAGACCAAAAGGAGGAGUUGAAGGUGCAAAGAAGCCUCGUUAUUGUCAUGUUCCAGGUUGUAAUCAAACUGAUCAUGACACAAGAAAUUGUCCAAACAAAAAGAAAAAUAUUAAAGUAUUGCCUUCUCAGUCUCCUAAUAAGAUCAUAAAGGGUUGGAAAUAGCCUUCUUCAAGUAGUUGUGCUGCUGUCUAUUUUGUAAUAGCAAUGUUAGGCACUAUAUUUUUUUGUUGAUAGGAGAUUUUAUGUAGGAUUAUGUAUUUAUGAUAGUAAUGUUAUGCUGCAAGUAAUUUUGUA